GGUGAUCACUUCACAGCCAUCUUCACGUAGCUUAGAUAGGUUAUUUGACAUAUGUCAAAUUCUUGAUUAUCAAACCAUUAAAAAGUAAUUCAAUUUUCUAAGUUCAAUACUAAAACAAUUAUACGAUAACUCGUAUCUGGUCAAUUAAUGAACAAUUGAAAAUGUUGCUUUAACGAUGCGUUUGAAGGGGAAAAACAACAACAAGUCUUUCAACAGCGUCUACAGGGUGCUUUCGCGUAUAUGUCGAGCUGUUGAUAAAGGCCAACUCGAUGGUUUCAUGGCUGAUGGUGCAGUGCCUCCACUAAAAAGUGGCCACAAUUCUAAAACUAUGGGAUACGUGGCUCAACCAGUUAAACAGGCUGGAGUUCAGUCAGUUAAACAGGCUGGAGUUCAGCCAGUUAAACAGGCGACGGAUGUUUCCAGUACUGUGUAUGCAGUCGGACAGUAUGCGCCGAAAGUAUUGAAAAAUUUGAAUGCUCAAAGAUUGAAGAAUCAGUUUAGCGAUGUCGGCUUAGUCGCUGGUGGAAUUGUUAUCAGAGCUCAUAGAUCGGUUCUGGCUGCUGGUAGUGCUUAUUUCAACGCAAUGUUCACUGGAGGUCUAGUUGAAGAACAACAAGAGUUAGUAGAGAUACAUUCAAUCUCUGCUAAAAUCCUGUCCCUGCUUAUAGAUUUUAUAUACACUGGAAAUGUAGAAAUUACUCAGGACAAUGUUCAAGAAUUGUUUGCUGCUGCAGAUAUGCUGGAAUUAGAUGAGGUUGUUUCAGGCUGUAUUACCUAUUUACAACAACAACUUCAUUCUAGCAAUGCACUUGGAAUUUAUAGGUUUGCUGAAGCACACAAUACGCCUAAUCUGCUGAUGACUGCCUUACGUUUUAUUGAAAUUAACUUUCCUCAAGUAUCCCAAGAAGAGGAAUUCCUAGACCUUCCUAAGGAACAAAUUGUGAAACUCAUUUCCAGUGAAUACAUUCAUGUUGAUACUGAAUUCCAGGUAUUUCAAGCAGCUCAUAACUGGAUUGUUCAUGAUAUACCAGCGAGGCGUUGUUAUGUAUUUGAGGUGCUGCGUUAUGUAAGGCUGCGUCUUUGUUCAGUCGCACGUUUGGAAAGAGUUAUCUUGGACAGUAAAGAUGCGAGCCUGAGUGUAGCCUUGCGAUCGAUUUUAAAAGACUUAAUAACCAACAAAGGUUGCCUGGUGCCGCUUCAUGAGCAACCUAGACUUUGCGCUAAGAAAAAUAUUUUAGUUAUUGGUGGUUCGAAGCGAGAACCUUCUGCCGACAGUUGGGGAAGAGCUGCAGAAAGUACUUAUGACACAAUUGAAAAAUAUGACACAUUUACUGGAGAAUGGAGUAAAGUCGCGCCGAUCGGUAUCGGAAGAAUAUUACCUGGUGUAGCAUUACUGGAUGGGAAAGUGUACGUGGUCGGUGGUGAACUGGAAUCAUGUAUAAUCGGAGAUGGAGAGUGCUACAAUCCUCGGGAUGACGUUUGGACAACCAUUGCUUGCAUGAUAGAACCACGCUGUGCGUUAGGUCUCUGUGCAAUAGAAAACAGCCUGUACGCUUUCGGCGGCUGGGUGGGCGAAGACAUUGGUGGUUCUAUCGAGGUGUAUGAUCCAAUUGCCGAUUCAUGGACUUUGGAUGGAGAACUGCCUGAACCUCGAUUCAGCAUGGGCGUUGUCGCAUACGAAGGUUUGAUAUAUAUCGUUGGCGGAUGUACCCACAAUAGCAGACAUCGUCAAGAUGUUAUGAGUUACAACCCAGUCACCAGGGAAUGGAGUUAUCUUGCUCCCAUGUUGACUCCUCGGAUGCAAAUGGGCAUAGCUAUACUCGAUGGCUAUAUUUACGUUGUCGGUGGCAUAAACAAAAAUCAGGAGGUCCUGACAUCAGUUGAGAGAUAUUCAUUUGAUAAGAAUAAAUGGAGUACAGUUGCUCCGAUGAAUGUGGGGCGAUCGUACCCCGCCGUAGCUGCAGCUGACGGUCGACUAUAUGUGAUAGGUGGUGAUCAGUCACGGGAAAUAAACUUUUAUCGGACACAAAUAACAAUCUCAACAGUCGAAUGCUACGAUCCGCAUUCGAACGCAUGGCAUGAAUGCGCUUCUCUACCAACAAGCAGAGGCGAAGCUGCAGCAAUUAUUGCACCCUUCUGAUUAUAAUUUAAUACCAGUUAGAUUUAGAUUUUCGAUUUCAAACUCUCAGGAUUUAAUGCAAACUUGUUGAGUGGGUUUCUUUGGUUUAUCUUUGCUUUCCAAAGCGGUAACAGAGUCUGUGUUUCAUGGGUAAGAUAAAAUUUUCCGUUGUGUGCUGUCCUAAAAUAAGAAACAGUGAGACAAACAAUUGUUUUCCAAGUGGAUAUUGUGCGUAAAUAUUUCAUUAGGCAUAAGGUUAACGUUCUCAUUCACACGAUUCGGAAUUUCUGGAUUACGUAUUUUAUCACGGUCACGUCAGCUUGUGAUAUAUUUUUACUACAUAUAAUCUCAAUUCAAGCUCAUGAACUUUGCAAACAUCACUAAACACGGGCAUAACAUUGUACAGCAAUGGCUUAUGCUUCCUGGUUUCUAAUGCAAAUUUGUCCAAGAAUUAUCUCUUUAUCGUCUUCGAUUUUUAUCUCCUAAAACAACAACAAAUUGGCUAUCAUAACCGCUAUACGUAUGUUUUUCUUACUGAUAAUGAGAUACACAGUCUUUUCAUUGCGGUUGAAUAGACAUAUAUAUUCUACUUAGUCAACUUCAAGUUAAGCUUUGGUAGGCAUGCCAAAUGAUAUUACGUGAAUCGUGUGCUUGUUACUUAUCGCUAGUAGCCUUUAAAUGAGGCUUCACAGUAAACAUGCGUAAUUUGUAAUCUGUUACGUGUGCAAAAGAGAGAGAAAUUGUAUCUGAGAGAGAGAGAGACAGAGAAAAGCAUUCAUAUAAGAUGUUCUGGAGCAGCGUGCUCCCUAAGGACAACACAAGUGUAUUAACGAUGUGGAGCUUUCAACGAAAAGAGAGGAAGAGGGAGAGGGAAGGGGGGGGGCGUCAUAUUUUAAUUUCUUCAAUGCAGUCUGAAGAAUGACAAGUUAAUACAAAGAUAUCAACUUAUAUGAAAUACAUACUAGCCAAACAGCAAAAAAAUAAAAGUACUAAAACUUGCAUACUUUUAAUUUCAUCAGGAAGAGAGAAAGAAAAAACUAAUAAUGAGAGAGAUUGAGAAUGUAACUACUUCGUAAUACAUAUGUACGUAUAAUCUGUAAAAAAAAUUAUAAUUAAGAUUUAUAUUAAGGGUGCACUUAAUGGUGUACAAAAUAAUAGAGACAAUAGAAUAUAUGACAGGAAAAAAAAAAUUUUCUUUUAAAAUCAGAUAUUCAUAAAAAUUUUUAUACACAAAGUAUAUAGUAUUUUAAACCGGUUUUAGCUACUUACGUUCACACAGCAUGUAUACUUAUGAUCUGCAAUAAUCUCAGUAACGGAGUAUUGCCAUCUCAAUAUUAUGUGCAAUUUUAUAAUAAUUUUGUUUUCAUUACUAUUCAUUACCGGUUAAUUUGCGCCGUAUAGAGAAUACCCAAUACAUAUUACUUUGCCCUAUCUACUGCAAUAAUCAGCUUUAUAAUUGGCUGUUGCUUGACUCAAACUCACUUACUAGUAGUACAUUGUCUUCUGAAAUUCACAAACUACAAGUUCAUCAAGUCACAUUACUACUGAUUUUUUAUUUUUCAUUCACCGUCUGGUGUAGUCAGAAACAGAAGUACCCUCGAUAAGUUUCAUUCAUGAAUUAUCUUGACUUUGAAAAGUGCAUGUUAAGUGAAUCUCGGAAAACCAUCUUUUACACAAUCGUAAACGUCUUGAGCAGUCCGUCGUCUGUUAAAUGUUCAAUAUGAUCAUUAAUCAUCAUAUUCAUAAAAUAAAUUGCAUCGUCAAAUUGCCAACAAUCUGUGAUAGUAAAGUAUUAUCAAAUAACGUUAUAUUUUAAUAAUUUUAGUUUAAUUUUUGAAGUAAAAUAUAUAGCCAUCUAUAUUCUGAGGUAUUUUUGUCCGAAAAUUGAAUUGGAAUGCUUAGCCAAGUGUACAGUAAUGUCAACUAUGAUUGAUUGCAUUAUUGCAGUAGUAUAAAACUCGACACUUUGAAGACCCGAUCGAGUUUUAAUAAAACAAUUUGUAAAGAAUAUUUCUGUGGCGAUUUUUAAUCAACUAUCUGUAGAUUCACUGCAAUUCUUGAUCCGCUAUAACGGCCUUCAUACGUAAAUAUCGAUCAAUUAUGUUUAAUUCUUAAGUAAUCAUGUCCCAAAUAAAAGCUUAAAUUGCCGGCUUUGAAAGAUACGAUAGAAAAUGUAUAAUAAUUUGGUAUUGAUAAAUUACUAAUAAUAUAUUGUAAAUUGAUCACUGCAACCGAAGGAAUUGCGUGACUAGAAUAUAUACGUGUAUACGUAAUGAACAAUUACACUAAAGCACCAAAGAAGUAAGUGUAACCACCACCUGAUGCACUGACUGCACUCAUGUCGUGGAGGCCCUAAAACCUUGUUAUAAAACAAGCGAAUAUUCAAUUCGUGAAAAAAAAUAAUUUUUUUUUUGGCACGAGUUAUCUAUACCGUCUUGCAAGUAUAUUAUAUGUCAUGUUUUGAAUCAUUUUUAUACAGAAUAUUCAGCUCCGAGAAAACUACGCGUGCAAAAUAAUAUGCUUUAUAAGAGGAUUAAACUAACAUGCGAUCAAGAAUGCGAGUUGAGAAAUAAUAAUCGAAUACUCGUACGUAACAUAAUAAUACUUACAAAUUGUAACAUAUAUAUAUUGUAAGUUAUAAAACAUGGACGUUUUACACAGUAUACACUAUUGAACACUGUCUUAAGAAUGUAAAAUAAAUGUUUCUGAAAAUAUAUGUAAAA